AUGGUUGAAACAAUGGAAAGUAACCUUGUGCUGCUAGUCUUACUUUCGGUGACACUGAUACUCGUCAUAUUUACGGGCCUUAUUGCGAUGUACUAUGGAAUCAAGUGCAUCAUAGCUCUUACUGGUAACACCAGCGAUCGGCGAGAGCAAGGCGCCAUGAUACCGCUCAGCAAUUUCCCCCCGUCAGGGCCUACACCUGAACAACGACCUUCCCAGAUUGGAGGCGAGCAUUCCGGAGAUACCCCCAAGGACACUAAGGGCGCGAGUAACGAGCCUCGCAGAUCCUCUGUCGGUGGUACCUUGUCGUUGCAUCAUCCAUUACCAGCUCCGCCAGCAGGUGCCAUUCGAAUCUCGGGCCUUGUCCGACAGGGAACUCCUGCAAUCCCGGUUAGGGUAUCUGAAGCAAGUGGAAGGGUAUCACCCGUCGAUUUCACCAGCACAAACCGGAUGGCUCGUUGGGUAUGA